AUGGCUGGACAAGUGCUGCACGAAAUAAGAAGAGUUGGCACUGAUCCUUCACUAAGAGGCAUCACUGCUAUCAGCUCAGACCCAUCAGAGGAGCUCAUUUGGAUUGGGAACACUCAGGCAUCAUUCAAGGCACACGCUGGGGCUGUCUCUCAACUCGCUGUUACAGAUUAUGGCGUCUUUUCCGUCGGAGGAAACACUGCCAGACUCACUGCUCGUCGUGGACUGCCACAAUGGACCGUACAGGAGGAAAACACCAAAAAGAUGAUUGCCAUGUGUCUACCAACAACACCAAGCUCUAAUGAACUGGUCGUUGCUGGCGAACCUACUACUCUGAUGCUAGUCAACAUUCAUCGAGGCACCAUAACAAGGCUAUUGGAUAGUGCUGGUGUAGAAACCAAAGUCAUGCGCAAAUCACGACUUUUAUGUUGUGGUACUGCUAAUGGCAAGAUCAUGCUACGAGAUCCUAGAUCAUACCGUGUAGAACAUACCAUCGACGCACAUAGUGGAAGUGUAAAUGAUAUGGACGUUGCUGGAUACACACUCAUGACGUGCGGAUCAUCCGAACGAGCCGGAGCACACGUCCGUGAACCACUAGUAAAAAUUUACGAUUUGAGAACUAUGAGAGCUCUACCUCCCGUAUCAUUUACUGCCAGAGCUUCCUUCCUGCGGUUUCUCCCAAAACUAUCAUCAACUGCACUGAUUGGCUCAUCGAAUGGACAAUUCCAGAUAUGUGAUGUCAUGAAUAAUAGCGCCGCCAUACAAUUCUAUCAUUUGGAAGGAACGGGUAGUCCAUUAACUGUCCUGGACGUAUCGAGCUCUGGUGAGGUCGUUACCUUUGGAGACGGAUCCGGUGUCCUGUAUCAGUAUGCAGACAGGCCGCAGGGUAAAAUAAAUAUGUAUUCUCGACCAAGUGAGUAUCCGACAUUGCCAAGGAAUACCACCUAUAUUGGCCUUGAUGAUGACAGGCCAUUGAACUCUAUUGGCAUGUCGUACUAUACAGAGCCUCUACUCUCUGUAUUCCCAAACACACCAUUCCCAGCUCAUCAACCACCAGCCUUCAUACCUUCUGAAAUCCUCUCAAACGUUAAAAUGAUUGAUUUUGUUGGAUAUGCUCAAAAUCCGAACACGUUCCGUCGCAAUCAAAGACUGCGAGAUACUAGUAAAGCUCGAGAAGAUAUGGAGCAGCCCAAGUUUAGAUCUGAACAGGAACGAGCUCAAAUGAGGAAACCUGUACCAGACAACAAGAAGCAAAGAGAGAGACCAUUAGAUGGUGGUGGCGCAGUAGAUGAUGCUAGUGAUGCAGUUGGAUCUGAAAAUGGUAUACCUCGAGCGUAUCGACUUGUCGAAAUCAAAUAUUCGAGGUUUGGAGUGGAGGACUUUGACUUUGCCUUCUACAACAAGACACCUUAUUCGGGCUUGGAAACACAUAUUCAAAGCUCUUAUUGCAAUGCGAUAGUCCAAGUCCUAUUCUUCAAUCACGUGUUUCGUGAAAUCGCCAAAGCCCACAUUAGAUUAUCUUGUAAUAAGGAAUUCUGCUUGACUUGUGAAUUGGGAUUCCUCUUUCGAAUGCUGGAGGAUGGUAAAGGAGUAAAUUGUCAAGCUACAAACUUUCUGAGAGCAUUUGCUACACUACCACAAGCUGCUGCAUUGGGACUCUUGGAGUUAGAUGUGGUGACUACACCCGUAUCAUAUUCUUCCAUGAUUCAAAGCUGCAAUCGCUUCAUUCUUGAACAAGCACAUCAAGAAUGUAUGGCUGUGGGAAUGUCAUAUCCCAUCAUGACAGCUACGAAAAGCAACCUAUCUGUGAUUCAGCAAUUGUAUGGCCAUGAAUCGUCAAGUGUAUCCACCUGUGAUGUAUGUGGGAAUUCUGAUGUGCGAGAGACGAUGCCUUUUGUUGUGGAUAUGAUGUAUCGAAAGAUUCCACAACCGACAUCUGGUAAAGGCCCAAUACCACCACUGCCGCCUAUGCAAUCGUUCACGGAAACGUUACAGUCAAGUCUACGUCGUGAAUCAACUACUCGAGCAUGGUGCUCGACAUGCAGUCGAUACCAACCUUUAACCCAGACACGAGCUAUAAAGCACUUUCCAGUGGUACUCAAUAUCAACGCGUGUGUAUCUGAUAAUGACCAUACGGGGUGGUGGACGGCAGGAUGGGCGUCGAUGAGGUUUGCCAUGUCCAUUACGGAGGAUGCUGUUGUUGUUCAAGAUUCUCUUGAAGGGCAAGAUGUUCCACAAGGUUUUGUCGUUUAUGAAUUAACUAGUAUUGUAUCAGAGAUAUUGCAAGAUGGGAGACUCAAGCACUUGAUAUCUCAUGUGCGAGUUGACGACGAUGAAGCUUCUCCCAGCUGGCACGUCUUUAAUGAUUUCUUGGUCGACAAGGUUUCCACUUCCAGUGUACUCGAAUUCAAGGAAUGGAGGACUCCAUCGGUUUCACAAUACCGACGUGUCGAUGUCAGCUCCCUUUGCGAUUUGUCUUCGUUGCCCAAGUCCAUGGAUCAGUCUAUUCUUAUGGAUUCUCAGGUGCUCAAUCGUCGGCGAGAAUUGUCGAUUACCUACAAACGUCUCACUCCUGAAGAGACUCAAAGUUUGAAGGGUGCAUUAUGUGGUUUGGACGCUGAAUUCGUUGCACUGAGCAAGGAAGAAUCAGAAGUACGAUCAGAUGGUGUGAGACAAGUUGUGCGUCCAUCACGCCUUGGUCUUGCUCGUGUCAGUGUUACCCGAGGAUUUGAACCAGAAGACGAUACGCCUUUCAUUGAUGAAUACAUAUCAACUACUGAAGAGGUAGUGGAUUAUUUAACGGAUUAUUCUGGUAUCGCACCUGGAGAUUUGGAUCCUGCGGUUUCGCUUCAUCCACUUGUUCCUUUGAAGGUCGCAUAUAAGAAGCUGCGAAUGUUGGUUGAUCAAGGAUGUAUCUUUGUUGGACAUGGAUUGAAGAAGGAUCUUCGGAUUAUUAAUAUUCUGGUUCCUCCAGACCAAAUCAUAGACACUGUGGAUUUGUUUUAUGUCAAGAGUCGACAAAGACGUAUCUCGUUACGUUUCCUGGCUUGGUAUUUGCUCGGAGAGCAGAUACAGGCUGACAGUCAUGAUUCGGUGGAGGAUGCGCAAGCGGCGCUGCUGCUAUAUCGCAAGUACAAGGAACUUGUGUAUAUGGGAGUGCUGGAAAGCACACUAGAAGAAGUAUACGAGGAGGGUCGUGCUCUUAAUUUCAAAGUGCCGACUCCGCCAUCGCCAGAUCAACCUGCUUCUUGA